AUGAUCCGCGCAUUCUUCCUCGCCCUCGCGGCCGCCGCAUCCUCCAACGAGGACUACGACCGGGGCGUCGCGCUGCGAGCGGCGGGCCAUCCCGAGGAGGCCCGCGUCGCGUUCUGGAAAGCGUCGCAGGCCGGCGUCGAGGGCGCUCUCGAGCUCUGCAUCGCCUCGUUCAAGGACACGGGCGAGGAGUGGGCGUUCUACGCCCACGUCGCCCACCUCGUCGCCGACGACGCCGCCCGCAAGUGCGGCCUCCUGCUCAAGGCCGCGGACGUCGCGCGCGGCGAGCUCGGCGGCGACGCGGCGAACCGCGAGCGCGUCGGCGCGCUCGCGGCGACCGCGGCGAACGAGUGCCCGGACCUCGGCGCCCACGCGAUCCUGGCGGACCUCCGGGUCCUCCUCGGCGACGCCCGGACGCCCGUGGACCGGCUCCUGCCGCUCCUCGCGCGCGGCGACCACGCGGAAGCGCUCCGCCUGCUCCCGGACUUGAUCGCGACGCGGCGGCCGGGCUCGCCCGAGGAGCUCCAGCUCGUCUCCGAGGAGGUGCACCUCCGCGCGAAGACCGUGGCCUGGGGCGACGACCCGGCGGCGUACCUCGCCUACCUGGACCGCUACGCGGCGAUGGCGCGGAACUUCACGUCGCGGGCCGACGGCGUCGCGCAGGGCGCGCUCAAGGUCGGCUUCCUCCACUACCUGCCGUCCUUCUCCCCGGAGCUGCUCCUGCAGGUCGCCUUCGCCGAGGCGCGGGCGGAGGUCCUCAUCGCCGCGAGCAAGUGGGCCGCGGCGCCGUUCGAGCCGCCGGCCCCCGCGGCCGACGGCAAGCUCCGCGUCGGCGUCGUCGCGAGCCGCCUCCGCGGGUCGGCGCUGUCCCUGCUCGUCCGCGACGUGCUCGCCGAGCUCGCGGCUUUCGAGGAUGUGCACCUGACGGUCUACGACGUCGCGCCCGACGGGUCGGACGACGGCGACCCCUGGUACGAAAAGAUGCGGGCCGCCGUCGGCGAACACAACUGGGUCCGCGUCCGGCGCGACGACGACGCCCUGGCCGUCGUGCGCGGCGGCCGCAACGACGUCCUCGUGGACAUGGACGGCCGCAACAACAACGACAAGCGCCGGUCCGAGGUCUUCGCGCUCCGGUCCGCGCGCGCGCAGGUCCACGUGCAGGAGUACAUGGCGCCCCAGACGUCGCUGCUCGUCGACUACCUCUACGCCGACGACGUCGCCGUGCCCCAGUACCACGCGCGCCACUUCGACGAGAAGUUGUUGUACGCGCCGCGCGGCGUCGGCUUCUUCUCGAACUCGCACCGCGGCCUCUACGGCGCCGUCGACGACGAAGCGACGCAGUGCCCGUCGGCGCCGCGCCGGUCCGUCGCCGGCGCGGCGUCGCUGGUCAUGGGCGAGGACGAGAUGGAGAAACGGCGCCUCCACGGUUUACCGUUGGCCUGCGACCUCGGGCCCUGGUGCGGCGCGGGCUACCGGCCGUUCGUCUACGCGUCGUUCAACAAGUUCGAGAAGCUCUCGCCGGGCGUCGUCGAGGCCUGGGCGACGAUCCUCCUCGACGCGCCGGGCAGCGUGCUCUGGCUGCUCGAGUUCCCCAGGAGCGGCGUCGACGGCGCGCGGCGCGCGCUCGAGGGAGCGGCGGACCGCGUGCGUCAGAAACGCGAGGGCUCGAGGGACGCGCCGGCCGGCGCGCUCGACCCGGCGCGCCUCAUCUUCGGCGCCUUCGCGCCGACGGACAGAGAGAACCAGGCGCGGCUGCCGCUCAUCGACGCCUGCCUGGACACGUGGCCCUACGGCGCGCACACGAGCAGCUUGGACUGCCUCUUCGCGGGCGUCCCCGUGAUCACGCGCCGCGACGGCGGACACCUCGCGGGCCGCGUCGCCCUGAGCCACCUCGUCGCGCUGUCCGACCCGCCCUACGAGUACGACGACGGCUCGUCGAACGACGACGACGACGACGCGGGCGGCGGGGACGAGGCGCCGGACGCGGGGGACGGCGCGUCCUACGGCGGCGCGCUCGCGGGCGCCUACGACAUCGCGCGCCACCUCGCGGCCGACGGCGUCGACGACUACGUGCGCAUCGCCGCGCGCCACGCCAACGACCGGCCCUACCACGACCGCGUGCGCCGCCUCGUCGAGCGGGGCCGCGACCGCAACGGCCUCUUCCGCUCGGACCUCCACGCCGCGGCGCUCCGCGACGCCUUCCGCCUCGCGCACGCGGCGAACGCGUCGACGGCGCCCGCGUUCGCCUACGCGGCGCCCCCGGCGGCGGCCGCGCCGGCGCGGGCGGGCCCGCUCGCGGCGCUCGGCGCCGCGCUCGGCCGCGCCUCCUCGUUCUCCCGGAGCGCGGCCUCGAGCUGGCGCUCGAGCUCCGCGAUGCGCCGCCGGAGCGCCACGGGGUCGUCGCCGACGGUCCGCGCCGCGGACACGGGCGUCCGCGGGAGCGUCGCGGGCGUGUCCGCGCCCGCGCCGGCGCCGUCGACGCGCCAGAUCUGCACGAGCGACGCGUCCGCGGCCCGGUCCGCCGUGGGCACCUCGCCCACGCCGGACCGCGUCACGAGCGCGGCGCAGCGCGAGAAGAAGCGGCGCCGCGUGGAGCGCAUGCUCGGCGACCACCUGACCUCGGGCGAGCGAGACCUUGCGCCGGCCUCGCCGGCCCUCGAGCAGAAGCGGCGGCGCUCCUCGACGGACCGCUACGCGCCGCCGUCGACCGGCAAGGCCGCGGAAGCCGCGGCGUCCGACGACGACGACGACGCGGAGGCGGAAGCCGCCGCGAGCGACGACGACGGCGACGACGACGACGCGGAGGAGGAUGAGGAUGAGGAAGAGGACGAGGACGAGGAGGACGAGGAGGACGAGGACAGCGACGACGACGCGAACGACGCCGCCGAGGAGCCGGACGACGGCGACGCCGCCGACGACCCGGCGCCGGGCCGCGCGUGCGCGCGCUACGCGACGCACGGCCUGCCCGGCGCCGGCUGCGGUGGCGCGCGCUUCCGCCACCCGACGCUCGGCUUCGUGAAGCGCGGCCGCGGCGGGUGCUCGAAAAAGUGCGAGAUCGUGCUGGACCGCCUCGCGAACCUCUCCGGCGGCCUCGACCGCGCCUUCGACUUCGGCUACGCCUGGCACCGCCGGCCCGCGGGCGACUACCACUCGAACACGUUCUCGGUCCCCGGCGAGGCGCGGCGGAUCAACGCGGGUAGGCUCGUGCGCCACCUCAAGGACCUCGAGGCGCAGCGGCGCGACGAGCUCGGCGUCGACUUCGAGACGUGGAUCGCCGCCGGCGGCUACUUCCCGCCCUUCGCGUAA